AUGGCUCGCUCGCCGUCAUCAUCCGGCCUUCUUCCAAUGCCGGGUUCUCCCUCCUCCUCCUGGGCCGUCUAUCGAGCGCGCCUGACCGCCAUCUUGAAGAGCACCGACAAUGCUGUUCUCGUGGCCUUCUGGCUCUUUGGCCUGAUCAACAAUGUUUUAUACGUUAUCAUCUUGUCCGCCGCUCAGGAUCUCGUUGGUUCCGAUGUACCCAAGGGCGUAGUCCUACUCGCCGACGUACUGCCAUCCUUCUUCACCAAGCUCAUUGCUCCAUACUUUAUUCACAAAGUACCCUAUUGGGUUCGCGUCAUAUUCUUCGCUACUGGCUCGUCCCUCGGCAUGCUUCUCAUCGCCCUUACCCCAUCCAACAAAUCGGUCGGAUUCAAGAUGGCCGGGGUUGUCUUUGCGAGUCUGACAAGCGGUGGCGGCGAGCUCAGCUUCCUAGGCUUAACGCAUUACUAUGGACAUAUGAGCUUGGCUGCUUGGGGAAGUGGAACGGGUGCUGCAGGCCUCGUAGGCGCUGGGCUUUACGCUACAUUUACCACUUGGUUUGGAUUCAGCGUCAAAAAUAGCUUGUUGUCGUCAGCUUUCCUUCCCAUAAUCAUGCUCCUCAGCUUCUUCGUCAUUCUGCCGCGAGGUCCGCUUCGCGAGGCUCGGGGCGCAAAGGAAUACCAGACAGUUCCUGAGAAUGACCACGAGCGAGAUGACAUCGAUGAUAUUCCAACAGACAAUGCAGCAACGAGCUUGUUGGUCCCUGAGACGGCAGUCAUGACCACCGCCUUUUCGUCCCCAAAUGGUGGCCGUAUGACCAAAUUUGAUAUGCAUUUGCGCAGAGCAAGAUCGCUGUUCUUCCCAUACAUGCUGCCAUUAUUACUCGUAUACGUGGCUGAGUAUACCAUCAACCAAGGAGUUGCGCCAACUCUGCUUUUCCCAUUAGAGUCCUCACCCUUCUCCGAGUAUCGAGCCUUUUAUCCCAUGUAUGGCUUUCUUUACCAGCUCGGCGUCUUCAUAUCACGGUCCUCGAUUGCAAUUAUACGGAUUCGACAUCUCUAUUUACCGUCAUUUUUGCAAAUCGGAAAUCUGGUCCUUCUCACACUGCACGCCUUGUUCUUCUUCAUACCAAGCGUCUACCUCGUGUUUAUCGUGAUAUUCUGGGAAGGGCUCUUGGGUGGUGCGGUAUAUGUCAAUACGUUUGCCGAAAUUAUGGAAAAUGUACCGUCUUCUGAACGUGAAUUCAGUCUUGGAGCAACAAGUGUAAGUGAUAGUGCCGGCAUAUGCAUAGCAGGUUUCGUGGGAAUGUCGAUUGAGCCAUGGCUUUGCAACUAUCAAGUAAAUCAAGGAAGAGACUGGUGUAAGCGGAUCAAAGUUAGCUAG